GAUAACGAUUCGUUCCCAAUCCUGAGAAGCUGUUAUGACAAGGCCAAACGAUUUAUAGAAUCCGCCAGAAGAAGUGGUGGCAGAGCUUUUGUUCAUUGCGAAUUAGGCAUGAAUCGCAGCAUAACACUCUGUCUCGCAUAUUUAGUUGAGUAUAGUAGGAUGGACCUGAAUGUUGCUCUCAAGCAGAUUCUCAUUCAUCGCCCAAACAUUUUAACCAACGAUGGCUUCAAAAAACAACUGGUCCAAUUU